AUGGAUGAGACGAGAUUAGAGGAAUUCGUGCGACAACUGUCUGAUCUUGAAGUCGCACUAUUCCUCUCUCUGGUGGCGCGAGAACAUUGCCUCAUUGAGACCAGUGGUGACCUUGUUGACGACCUCGCCAGAGAACUAGCUUUGAUCUGCUCACACACCUUUGAUCUCUCGUAUUCUAUCCUUGAUUGUUCAACAGGGACCUCCAUUGAGGACUUCUAUGAUGAGAUCAUUACCGCAGAUGCCCGCAAGGGACUGGGGCGGCCGUCAUACUUCAGAUUAAAGACUGGAUCUUCGAGCAACCUUUCCACGUACAUGACACCACGGGAGCGUGAUCAAAGCAGAUCCCCAGGUCCAAGAAGCACCGCCGAUGAAAUCAACGUGGUUAACAUUGUUAUUGCCAAGAACUUCAAUUUUGUCGAUGAUGAUAUUCAAGUGCAAGCUCUACAGUUAAUGCAAACCCGAAGGUUGGCCACGGAGCCAGGAAUGUUAAACGCACCCACAGAUUUCCUUUUCAUACCACUGGUGGUGCGGGAGACUGAUCAACUCAAUCCACCACUGAAUACUCAUUUGAAUGAGCAUCUUCUUGUCUCUCAUUUCUACAGCUGGGUAGAUGGCUUCGUUUAUCUCGAGGAGGACGAAUGGCUAUCUGAUAGUCAGAUGUCGGCUUCAUCAGUAAUUCACAAGCCAAAGCAUCAACAGAAAAAAACUGCCAAAGUCGAUGAACUGAUGAUGGAAAAGCUACGGGAAGCUAGCGAAUCCGUCACUACAGGCACAGAAGUAGUCCGGUACAUGCAAGACAUCGUUGUCUUUUUACGUCUGAGCCGCGCUGUGGGUGGUGGUAUAUCCGCCAAGGCGAACUUCCAACUCGCACGGUUUGCAGAAUUCCUGGCACCUUUACAUGGCGUCGAUUACCUUACACCUUCGAUCGUGGCUCUCGCCGCGAGGAAAGUGUUCCGACACCGCAUCGUUGUCACAGCUCCUGGCCAGGAUCGGAGUUUACAGUACGGGAGUGAUUUGGUGGCUGUUUCCCAUGUCUUGUCGGACGUCACUCCGGACUCGAUUCUGGAUGGCGUCUUGGAGCUGGAGCCUCCCAUUUGA